AUGUCCGCCCCGCGACUCAUGCACCGCAUCCUACGACCCUCUGCGUCGUCAAUCCGCUCAACGCCUCUCCUCCCUCGUCGCAGCUUCGGCAUCUCGGCAAUCCGCGCGAAAGAUGGCAAUGAACGCUCCGGCUCCGACUCAGACUCGACAGCCCAAUAUCGCGAGAACCAGACCUCGAAGCCCCCCAACCAAUUUGUCCCGCACUCGACCUCCACCAUGACCAAGGACUACCCCAAGGUCGGCGCGAAGUCCGCUCCGCCCGAGAUGCUGAACUCGGUCGACCCGGACUACAGGCCGGCGGACCCGUACCCGGGCAAGGUCGAGCACUUCACGGGUGGGAGACAGCAGCCUGGAGCGCAGAAACCGGAGCUCGGGGUUGGUGAGAUGGAGGGCAUUACGUUUAAGGUUGAGCCGUUGAAACGGACGGGAGAGGAUUUGGCUACGAUGAGGGCGAGGUUGCUUUACCAAAGCCGCAAACGCGGCAUCCUCGAAUCCGACCUCCUCCUCUCAACCUUCGCGGACGUCUACCUCGCCAAGAUGGACAAAGCGCAACUCGAGGAAUUCGACCGCUUCCUGGACGAAAACGACUGGGACAUCUACUACUGGGCGACGCAGGAUCCGCCAUCGGAGGAGGAGACCUCGGGCGUGGCCUCGGACACGCCGACGGAGACCUGGAAGCGCACCGGGGCCAAGAGCGGGGAGUGGACGCAGACAGUCGGCGCGUUCAAGGCUGCAUAUCGGCCCGUUCCGGCUCGAUGGGCCGACUCGGAGGUCUUGAAUCUGCUGAGGGCUCAUGUGCAGGAUAACAGCGCCACGGGGUUCCAUGCGGCGAAGAAUAAGAAGACCGGGGGGAGUGGGUUGGGGAGGAUGCCGAAUAUUAAGGUGUUCGAUUCUUGA